AUGCAGUUGGGAAAGAUUGUCAUUUUGCUGCUCACCGUUCAGCAGAGCUGCCUGGCUUUGUAUAUUAAAAGCGUGGAGAAGAAUCCAAUCAAGAAAGCUACCAAGGACGACUGGGGAGUCUUCAAGAAUACACUCGGACUAACACAGGAAAAAGUUGAACUAUUGAAGUCACAAAAGGAUCAGCAGGGCACCAAGGAGCUCCUCAAUCGCUUUAUCCUGGAAAAUCCCAAGGCCCUGCCUCAGGCCAAGAAGCAGCCCGAUCAGUUCCUGAACCUCUACCGAUCCAUACUCAAGAAACUCACCGCCUCCAAGCGAAUGCUGAAGACCUCCUUGAAUUUCGAGCUGGCCGACAGGCCCCACCACAAGCCCCUGAAGAGGCCACGCCGCAAGAUUGCCGUCAAGAUGGUCUCCGAUAUGCCCUCCUGGAGGAUCGAGAGUCUGCUCAACUCGUUCUAUCUGAAGCAUGGACUGCCGCGGGACGAUGAGAGCGACUACUCCGAUCUGGACAUGCCCAAGAGCGACGGCUUCUCCUCGGACUCGGAGACGGAUUUCGAGGGGGAUGUGGGUCUCACUGCCAAGACCCGGCAGAAUGCAGAGUAUGGAUCCUUCCAGGAUCUGAUCAUGCAGGCCAAGAUGAACGAGUGGGAGCGGGAGAACGAGGAAACCAAAUUGCACGGCUCGGACAAUAAUGAUUUUAUUUAA